CUUAAAGGUGUCUGAAAGGAUUAUUUGCUUCCUAGCAUGCCAAAGAAGAGAGGGUUCCCUCUUUUCCAUUCUGUUUAUAUGAAGAGCAUGGCCAGCGGUGAACUUUAUUGUUCUUAAUACUGAUGUGUUGUGAAGGGUCAUACUCCAAUGAUUGAUUUCAGUUAUAUAUAGUAAGUGCUCCUUACUUUCAUGUACUCGUAAUGCUUGCAGGCAUUGAGGGAAGUUGGGAAAGGUGAUUGGAACUGGAUUCGAUAUCCGUGUUUGUGUUGUGGUUAUCCAGUAUAAACAAAACGGGAGGCCUCUACCCCUGGGCAUGUGUGCUUGCGUGUGUGCUUGCAUGUGUGCGUGGAAGGGGAAUUUUGUAUGAAGAGGAAAUGCAAAAUGAUCCUUAUUAUUGUCAAAUGAUUAAUCAGGUCACUUGCGCUAGUUAUGUUUUGUAGCGCGUCUCCAUUCUGUCUGCUGUGCAUGCUGCACAUGUACAUGUACAACUGUUUCAGUAAUUUUAAGUGUGUUUUUAAAUUUUUAGUAGUCUUCUGUCCUUCUGCUCUUAGAUAAUAUGCUAAUGUAAGGCCUGGUUUAUACAGUUUACUGUUAGAAGUGUGAUAGGGUGUUUUGUUUUGCCCUGGUGACCUAAAGAUGCUUUUGUAGGUCCUCCAGUGCCAUAGUGCUUUUCGUUUUCUCAUGGUACAUUUACACAGUGAAAGGUGAAGCCUUAUACCUUCACAAGAGGAAACUGCGUAUUUCCUCAAAAGUCUGUAUAGGUUCCCUCCUUGCACUCAUGUUCUUGCCGUUUCAGGCCUUGGGAAUAAACAAUCUACUUCAUCUUGACUCAUCAUCAUUCCAGGAUAGAGGUGUCCUUGGGGCUCUCUCUUAACACUGAUAUGGUACAGAAGAUUUAAAAUCAGCUGAUGUUCACAAGGAAUAGAGUCACGUGAUGUAUGAAGGCAAACACAUACACUUCUCUGAGGUUGACAAUAAGCCCUUGUGCUCGUAUAGCCCCAAACUGUGCAAGCAGAGGCGACUUAACGGCUACGCCUUCUGUAUCAGACACGUUCUGGAGGACAAGACUGCCCCCUUCAAGCAAUGUGAAUAUGUGGCCAAGUAUAACAGCCAACGCUGCACCAACCCCAUCCCCAAAUCUGAGGAUCGUAGGUACUGCAACAGCCACCUACAGGUACUUGGCUUUAUACCGAAAAAGGAGAGGAAGAAAAAGAAUGAUCCCAUAGAGGACGUAAAGGUCAGGCAUCAGAUGGAUGCUAUGGCCUUCAGUCUGACAGUGCCCACCCUGGCCUUGAAGAUGCCCAAUGGACUGGAUGGGAUGUCCCUCUCCCCUCCAGGGGCUAGGCUUCCUCUCCACUACCUGGAGGCAGAAUUAGAAGACCCCUUUGCUUUCAAUGAGGAGGAUGAUGACCUAAAGAAAGGGGCAACGGUGAGGAAAAAGUUGCAGAGCAAGUUGGCUCAAAACCGGCAGCGCCAGAGAGAGACAGAGAUUUUAAAAGUUCGCCAAGAGCACUUUAGCCCCCUUCCUGCACCUUUGCAGCAGCAGCCUCUGCAGCAGCAGCGCUCCCAUCUGCCACCUUCAUCAGCUUCGUUAAAGCCGACAGGGCUACCGCAGGGCGUAGUCUGCAAGUCACCUCAACCUCCGAACACCAGCCUACCAAUGCAGGGAGUGGCACCCACCACACACACUAUAGCACAAGCCCGGCAGUUGUCUAACAAGAGACCUCUGCCUCUCCUGCCACCCGCUAGGGCUCCUGUCACGGACCCUCCAAGGACUGAUCGGGUCCUCAUGAAAGCCACAGCCUUCUCUCCGCACUCAUCCUGCAUGAGCCGGCUACAGAGACUGGUGAAACUGUGCACUCGAAAACAGCAGCUGGAGACUGAUCUGUUUCCACAUUUAGGGCUGGAUUGGUCUGAAGACAGUGGAGAAGAGUUGGAAGAUUCAGAGCAAACCUCCCCUUACCAGGUUGCAUGGUCUAUCCGAGAAACUCUCGGCUAUGAUAGACAUGGGUGCGGUGAUGACAAUGCAGAUGACAGGAGUUCCAGGGUGACCAGACUUUGCACUUACUUUCAGCAGAAAUACAAGCACCUCUGCCGCCUGGAGCGGGCAGAAUCUCGUCAGAAGAAAUGCCGGCACACACUCCGGAAAGCCUUGCUGCAGGCGGCCAGCAGAGAGCCGGAGCGUACUGGGCAACUGAUACAAGAACUCCGAAGAGCUACGUGUGCUCGUACCAGCACAAGCCAAGUGAGGCAGAGAGAUGCAGAACCAACAACCUGUAGUGGGACUUCGAAGGGAGAACAGUGCACUAACAAGGCCCUUCCAUUUACCAGGCAUUGUUUUCAGCAUAUCUUAUUGAACCGUUCUCAGCAGCUCUUCUCAAGUUGCACAGCCAAGUUUGCGGAUGGUCAGCAGUGCUCUGUGCCAGUUUUUGACAUUACACAUCAGACACCUCUGUGCGAAGAACAUGCCAAAAAAAUGGACAAUUUCUUGAGAGGGGACAGCUCCCGUAAAGUUCAGCACCAGCAGCAGAGGAAACCCAGGAAAAAAACGAAGCCACCUGCACUUACCAAAAAACACAAGAAGAAGAGAAGGCGAGGCCCACGCCGGCCCCAGAAACCCAUUCCUCCUGCAGUGCCCCAAGGGAACCUCACCAUGCCUGCCAGUAUCUCACUGCCAGUAGAGAUGCCCCACAUACGGAGCCCCUCAACGCCAGAGCUGAGUGCCGAUGAGCUGCCUGAUGACAUCGCCAAUGAAAUCACAGACAUUCCACAUGACUUGGAAUUGAAUCAGGAGGACUUCUCUGAUGUCCUGCCACGGCUGCCCGAUGACUUGCAAGAUUUUGAUUUCUUUGAGGGUAAAAACGGAGAUCUCCUUCCAACCACAGAAGAGGCUGAGGAACUGGAACGGGCCCUACAGGCUGUGACUUCUCUUGAGUGCCUGAGUACCAUUGGAGUACUUACACAGACAGAUGGUGUGCCAGUUCAGGAGCUGUCAGAUAGAGGGAUAGGGGUGUUCUCUACAGGUGCUGGAGCUCCAGGAAUGCAGUCCUUGAGUCGAGAGGUUAACACGGAUCUGGGGGAGCUGUUGAAUGGGCGUAUAGUACAUGAUAAUUUCUCCAGUCUGGAGCUGGAUGAGAACUUGCUCCGUUCUGCUACCUUGUCCAACUCACCUACGCCCCUGGCAGGGCAGAUCCAGGGGCAAUUCUCAGCCCCAGCCAACGUUGGCCUUACUUCUGCCACUCUGAUAAGCCAGAGUGGCCUUGGGGAGAGAGCCUUCCCAGGACAGUUUCAUGGACUUCAUGAUGGCAGCCAUGCCUCCCAGAGGCCCCACCCUGCCCAGCUGCUGAGCAAGGCAGAUGACCUGAUCACCUCACGACAGCAAUACAGCAGUGACCAUUCACACUCCUCACCCCAUGGAAGCCAUUAUGAUAGUGAGCAUGUGCCGUCUCCCUACAGUGACCAUAUCACAUCCCCUCAUACCACAUCCUUUUCUGGUGAUAACCUGGCAGCUACCUUCUCAGCAGAGAUGCCCAUGAUGGCACAGCACUUGCUCCCAACUCAGCUGGAUGUGCCACUUAGCGGGGUGGUCAACCCCAGAACUCACUGGGGGAAUCUUCCUGUCAAUCUUGGGGACCCCUCUCCGUUUAGCAACCUUCUUGGUGCAGAUGGACACCUCCUGUCCACCUCCCUGUCCACACCACCUACCACCUCGCACUCAGAGACCACACAGCCUGCCUUCGCCACUGUGACCCCCAACAGCUCCAGUGUGCUCCCGGGGUUACCGCAGACCAGUUUUAGUGGCAUGGGUCCUGCCUCCGCUGAACUCAUGGCCUCCACCUCCCCUAAACAGCAGCUCCCUCAGUUCAGCGCAGCCUUUGGGCACCAGCUGAGCUCCCACAGUGGCAUCCCCAAGGACCUGCAGCCCAGCCACAGCUCCAUAGCUCCUCCCACGGGCUUCGCAGUGACCGGUGCCACCGCUACCAGUACCAAUAACGCAUCUGCACCCUUCACCACCUCCAGCUGAGCUUGUCUGCCUGGCUCUGUGCAGGUAGAUGGGGGACCUGUGUUUUCUACCUUUCCUUUUUUUCCUUUUUCUUUAUUUUUUUCUGUCCUCCCUUCCUUUUUGUUUUUUAAGAGGGGGUUGAGAAGAAAACCCCUGCUUCAAUACUGACCAGGGUUAGCCCUCUGUGAACCUUGCUGUAGCGUUCACAUGUGCUUGUUACGCACCGGUGCUCAUUUCUUGCAGGCAGGUUCACCGUUCCCAAAAAUUCCUUAAGGAUACAGCACAGUUACUGGAUGCAAUUGAUCUUAACAGUAAGACCUAGAAAUAGAAAGAUACCUCAGAUUACUGAUGCAUGUUACUGUUCCCUAGGGUUUGGAUCAGUGCUUGCCAUCCCUUUAGCAUCUGGUAGAAAGUUUUCCAGUGGGCAGAAGUUUGUUUGGUUUUUUUUUGCUUUUAAUUUACCCUUUUCCAAAGGUAGCAUCUGGCAUGGAAAACUUGGCUGCACGCAUUGAUUUGAGAAUGCUGCACUGAAGUCCUAAAUCAAGGUCAUGGUUCAAGAUGAGUUUGGCAUUUUCUUAAAAUAGUCUUUUGACCUCCUCUGUGUGCGUGUGUGUGUUUGGGGUACAGGGAGCAGCAGUUCCUUUUCUGCCUUUGGUGAAGAAGUGGGAGUUGUCCCCUUCCAGAGCUGGUCACUGUUGUUGCAUGCUGAUUUUUUGUUGUUUUGUGGGGUUUUUGGUUUUGUUCUUUUGGUUUUGUUUUAUUGUGAUGUUUUUUAAUUCAUUGAGCAGCAAGGGGAGCAGUUGAUUGGGUGCCCAGAAAUCUGAAGGCUGAUACAAAGUUAGCCCAGGGGGAAAAAGAAAGAAAUUAAACCAGAAGGAUUGAAAUAGAUCAUGAGUGAAGAUGAGUGAAGAUUCCUGUGCAGAAAUUCCCUCCUUUGCUGAAUUACUGUGGCCUUGUAGCAUUGAUAAUUUGCCUUUUCAAAUGUGGCUUUGUCCAAGAACUCCUUGCCUGACAGGCUGACAGGUAUUUCCCAGCUGAAACGGGAAGAAUUUGGUUGGUAUUCUGCCCAUCCACACAAGUCUAGGUCAGACCCUUUGGUAAGUUUCAAAUGGAUGCAUUUCUGAAGUUAUAUCUAGCUACUGAAACUUUUUUGGAUAGUUUUCCUCCCACUGGGAGCCAUACAAUUUUUUCAACGCUUGUGAGAUUUGAUGCUCUCUAUGGGAAGCUGAAUGUAUGUAAGGAACCAGCAAGUACCUAUCAGCAGUCAUGGCUAACCAAAAGAGAAAUCACUAAAGCAAAAUAGAAAAGAACCCCUUCUGUCUGCAGCACAGUUUUGCCUUUACUGCCCACCUGCUAAAGGUAGUAUUCAGACUUUUUGGUAGUAAUUUGAGUUCUUAAAGAAAGGAGUUCACUAGCUUUUAGAUUUUUAUGGUUUUUAAUCCAAGAGAGAGCAGCAGCAGAAAUCCUUAGGUGUGUUUAAUUGUAUCUCUUUAUCAGGAAAGGGAAAAAGGAACUUGCUUGUGACUUUAUAGGGCUCAAACUUGCUACUGUACUCUAACUGUAAAAGUAGCUCCUACUUAAUGUAACAAGUCUCUACUCUUCUUUGUUUCUGAGAUGCAGAUGAGAGAGAAUGGAAAAUCCCACGUUUCAGUCUCUUACUGACAUAUUUCAUUCUACCUUGCAGUAAAACAUCCUACCUGCAUGUAUUCUAAGAUUAAUUCAGGAAAUUAAGAGAUACCAAGCACAUGUAACAGAGAGGCCUAAUAAAUCGUUUGAGCAAGGGAUCAUUGAAUGAAGUUAAGUUGCUAUAGAAACUCAUUUUGUUAGCAGUCAGGCCCGCACCAGAACCUCUGACCCAAACCUCUCCUUCCGUCUUGCUAAGGAACAGAAUUUAGAUGGGAGAUAGGUCUUGUGUCUGCUUACUAUCAUAGCAAUCAUUCUAUCCCUCUUUUCUUGAAAGAUUUUUCCUCCUUAAAUACAAAGGAGUAUGGAUGAUGCAUAUGUUCUUUUCUGAAAUUGCAAGUGUUAUGUGGGUGGAGGAAACAAAAAUUAUUUUCAUGCUUCUGUUGUUAUGAAGUCCUUAUUUCAUACUUGGUAAAAUAGAUCUUAAUAAUAUAAGCCGAAUAUUUUUAAGUGGUGAUUUAAAUAUGUUUGUAACAUUUAAAUGUUUUAAAAUCAUGUAAAAAGUUGAAGCCUAUGAAAUCCUGCUUGUGAUUGUCCUGCUGAUUGAGGAAUGCCCAGUGGUAUUGUGAAAUGAGGCAAAUCUGACAAGGCAUUUAUUUAUGUUUGUAUUAUGUUCCCCAUACUUUGUUGAGGAGACAAUUGUUUGAUUUGCAAAUGAAUUUUGUUGUGUCCAUAUACCUUCUUAAAUGUGUUUGGAUGACUGGCUGAAAAAGAGUGGAGAAUUAGUAUACCAAAUGGUUAAUUCUUUAACCUGCCUCUUUAUUCAUGUAAUUUUAGAGGAUGUUAAUUUCUGUAAAUUGGUUUCAGGACUUUGGUCUUGGUAUCAUUCUUGUGCCCACCAAACUUCAAAGAAGCUGCAGCUAGUGCAGGGUAUAUUUGCCCCACAUUACAUUUCUCUUUCUUAGCGAAUGCAGGGGGUGAGGGGAAGGGAACAGAGGAACAGAGAGUCAAGUUCUGCUUGGUCACGUUGGUAUAAGUUAUGGAGGAGCUCUUUGGUCUAAGGUCAUUGUGAGGUUGUACUGGUCUAACUGGGAACAGAACCCAGCUCCUAAUCUGGGCAUUGAUUUAGUCAGGGAAUUUCAAAAUUGGGAAAAGCUCUACAGGUCCAUAAUUCCCAUUUGAAAUCAAUGGUCGUUUUGCACCUACCUGCAUUCCUUUAAGGCAGCCUAGGAUAGCAGCUCUCUUCCCCAACAUAGACUUCAAUUUUUGUAUAAUCCUUGAUGGCUCUUCCUUGGAAAGUGACUACGUAACGUUUUUCAAUAAGCAAACUAAGUUUGCAAUAAAGCUGCACUUUUAAAAAUAGAUUUUGGUUUGUAUACAUUUGAAAUAGGAAUCCUUCUGUCCUGUCUGACACAGAGCUCUGAAAUGGGCCACCACUUUUGCCUUUUCCUGGUUCACCUCCUGUUUUUUCACUGCCACUGAUUUCAUGGUUACAGCCUUCUAAGCAGUUACGGGUCUUGAUCUUAGCUUUACAUGGUGGAUCAUUCCAGGUGGGCUUCUGCGCUCACGCAGCCUGUUGACUUCAGUGAAUCAGUGUCUUAUUGUUGGAUGUGAGAGAUACAGUCUAAGAUAUAUGUGCAGCCAGUUUCACACCUCUUCCUCUAGGAAAUACUGCAGUUCUGGUUAAGGUGGUCUGUGCGGCCAUUAUUUAUGUGGUUCCCGAGUAGUAUCCAUGCUCUUUCACAAAGGUUUUGGUGUAUCAUCUUGCAUAGCAAUUAGCACUCUAGUCACCCUUUCACCAAAGAGCCAGUGUAGCAAUUUCAGUCCAUUGAUUUGAGAUGAUCAAUGCCUGUCAUACCCUUUAUGUAUUAACAAAUGGAAUAAAGGUAGUUGAACCUAAAAGUUAAUUUCUUUACAUAAGAUUUGAGUUUUAAAGAACUGAAAAAAAAAAAGACUUAGAAUAAAAUACCAGGAACAUCAUUUUUUGUAAUAAUAUCACCUCUAUUAGUCUUUGUACAAAAGUACUUAACACAGGAUGAACUUUGACAAUGUACAGGAACAGCCUUAUGCUCUCCUGGUGUUUAAGGCAUUGUGUAAGAGACACUUUAAUGUUUCCUUUCACUUGGGAAGACUGUAUGCCAACUUUGAGGGGAGUUGUAUGUGCUUAGAUACCUCAAAGUUGAUUUGUUCUUUAGCCUCGUAGUUACUUUGAUACAAGAAGAUGUACGUCUGAUGCAAGAAGAUGGAAAAGAUGCAUCAUUUUGUCUCCUCCUGCCUUCUAGUUCCUCCAGGUUUAUGCUUAAUUCCCUUCUUGUUAGUAGCAUUCUUCUCUCUCUGGUUGGCAUAAAGCUUUAAAUUGAUAAUGCUGAGAGAUAGCACAGUUGCAGGUCUGCCUCAGGCACCAUGGAGAAGAUGGCAACAGCUAGAUUGCCCACUUCAUUCAGCAGGUUAGUGAAAUGAGGAUUUGCAGUACUCAUUUGGAAGGCACUGGAAGGCCCCGAGAAGCUUAUCACUUGCUAGGCAAAACUCAAGAGAUGUUAUUAGUACAAAUGCAAGGAAAAAAAAUAUCAGAGGAGAGUCAUCCACAAUAGCAAAGAAGGCAAGCAAAGCGGCUUUUUUUUGGUUUUGUCUUCCUAGCAGGAGAUGGGUAUUGAAUAGUGGGAAGUUUUGUUGUGAGUUGUUAGGCAUAGUGUGCUGCUACUGGCUUCAGGGGCAUGGCUGGGGCAGAGGGCCUAGGACUGAACUUGCAAGCCAGUUGCCAAAUUCAGUUUGAAGCGUGACUGUGACCACAUCAAAGUACAGUCUGGGCUUGAAUCUGCUUGCCAGGGAAGAAGUCUCAUGAAGGAGUAUAAUCAACAGUGGACAGAUGUCUUCGCUGAGAACAUGGCCCUGAUGGUUGUGUACAUGCAUUGUUAGUCUGCCUCUGAACUCCAGCUUCUACCUGAGCUCCUGCAGCACCUUGACUGCUGCGUUUCCUUGUAGGCAUCAGCAGGGCUCCAGGGGUAUUUCUCACUGUCUUUGUGCUGCACUGAGCUGGUGAAUUCUCCCAACAGUAUGAGCCUUGGUACAGGGAGGUGAGAAUUCUUAGAAGAGCCAGCCACCUACCUGCAGUUGAAUCUUUCAGGACUUGUAGGUCGUAUGUUUGGUGGCAGGAGGUGCUUUCAGCAGACAACAGUAGAGAGCUUACCUGCAGUGACCUUCUGCAGUGAGGCAAUUGGUGUGGGUGUCUGGGCAGCUUCCCUGGUAGGAUGUUUAGUUUUGCUUUUGUAUUUUUGCCAUUUCCUGUGAAGGCUUCUCAGUGCAGGCCUGUUGCAAGGUCCAGUGUUGGUGUCAAUAUUAACUGAAGGAAUAGUUUUGGGCUAGUGUACUGACCAGAUCUUCAGGUCUUUCUGAUCUUCUGGGCCACAUUUAAUGAUGGAGUGUUGUGGGAUUCUUGUACCUCCUUUGUUUCCUUCCCCUCUACAUUCUUCAUCAUUCUUUUAUUCUCCCAUUCUGAGAUAGUUCUCCAAUGUAAGUAAUGCCAACUGGUAAGUCUUCUGUGGUCCUGAGCAAAUACAGCUGUAAAAUGAAAAGGAGGAGAGAUUCCUGCAUUUCAUAACAUACAUUUCAGAUGCUGGAAAGACAGUGCAAUAGAUCAGAGUAUUUCUCAAAGCAAUGAGCAAGAUCAUGCUUCACAGCACGCUAAUAUGCCAUAAACUAGAUGUUGUGGGUACAGCAUUGUUUAUGGGAGUGCACAUGCUAGCAGUGAAUGUGCAGGUAUUUUUAGCAAGAGUUUACCUUCUCACAAGUUCCUCUUCUUCUGAGAAGUGCAUCAGUAGAAAGUCAUGAGGAAGACCGUAAGUUGUUAUUCUCAAUAUGCACAAGCCCAAAUGAAAGUAAGGAGACUUGGUGGAAAUAUCUGCAUUUCUGUUUACAAAACUUAGACUUUAGGAGGAGAGGCCUGGUCAUGAGAGGCCUUUAGCUCUAUCAGGUGAAGUUUUGCUUUUUUCUUUAAAACUAGACAAAAGCACUGUUACUGGGAAAGAAGAGUUUGGUGGAGGAGAAGGAGUUAUGCAAGAAAUGCUUUUGACAAUUUUCUCACUCAUGUUUUCAGCCCUUUUUUAAAAAAGAAAAAACCCCACUACAUUAGUGACUGGCUUGGGAGCUUUUUCCUUGCUGUUCUGCUACUUUUCCUGGUUGUUGGGUUCUUUGCUUUCCCCUGUUGUAUUUUGCUUUUGCAUACUCAUUCUCUGUCUGCUGUGGAAUAAGGUAACAUAGUGGAAGCAUGAAAGGAGAAAGUGGGCUUGGCCAUAGAUCGAUUGCAAGAGUUGGAGAACACUUUCUGUCUCCUUGAAGUACGUGUUGGCAUCUUUCAGUCUACUCUGGCUCACAGAAUUCGGUUUGGAAGUGAACAGGAGGAAACUUGUGCUUUUGACCUUAAAACUGUACUUACCUGAUACAGAAAAAUGCAUUCUUCCUACUCCUUCUCCCUGCUAGUCCCCCAAACACACACACAGAUGCCCAGAGUACCUGUGUAUCGACCACAUACAUGUGUUGACCUUGGUCGAGUAACGCUAAUGUUUUACCUGCUUUCUGUCAUCAUCAGCCGGUGCCCACAGGGGGGGAACUUUGGAUAGGUAACGUUCCCAGAUAUCCUCUGGAAAACUUUAACUUUGGUGCAGAUUGCUCUGCUGUAGCUAACUGCGAUGGCAUUGGCUUCUGCCUUGGAGUGGGCUGAUUUACCCUGAAAUGACUCUCUAAUCUGCGUCUUCAACGGUGUGGUUGGUUCCCGUGCAAAUAGAUUCAUUCUAAAAUGAUGGACAGUUCAAUUCUCAUGCAAAAUAGCUACAUCCUACCAGAAAGGGUUGAACCAGUUUCUCUGAACAGUGAUGACCUUCACUGUACAGUUUUGGGUAUGUCUCAGGGAUUCCUUGUAGAAAUAAGGGCAGUUAACAAAAAACAAAACAUAAAAAAAAAAAAAAAAAAAAGGAAAAAGAAAAAAAAGUGAAUAGUUUUAAAAGUAAAUAAUAAUUUAAGGUAGAGCGUCACCUAUGUGAGAGCGCAAGAAAGAGAAAUCUUUGUUCAGUUUUAUAGUAAACAGUGUCUGGCUUAGGGACUCUUCUCGGGGCUCUCAUCUCAAGUUCAACGUACAGAAUCUGUUUCAUCACGCUCAGCUUUAAACUUUUUAUUUAAAGAUACCCUUCCCCAAUGAGCUUUCAGAAUACUUAUUGUAGAUUUAAAGAGAAAUGGUAUAUUAAUUUAUGCUAUUAACAUCACCUCAUAAAUUAUAAGUUUUAUACUAAAGCUGUAUUGAGUGUAAUGAAUUAUGUUGCAUAUGUGUUUUUAAUAGCUAUAAAAUUAUAUACAAGCUUUUUGGAAAAACAAACUAGUGAAGCACCUUUUUACACUGGAUCUUUGCCGUGUCAAGGUGUACAGCUAUUCUUUGCUACCUUGCAGAUAUCUAUAUCUAUAUAUAGAUAUAUAUAUAUAAAUAAAAUAAAAUGGUAUCCUGUAUCAACAAGCAUAGAACUCUUUUUAACCCUUAUAUUACUGUUCAUAUAACUCUUUCUAAAUUGUUACAUUCUGCAAUAAUUUAUCUGUGGUUUGUACCUAUGAUUAGAAAUUUAGUUACAGGGUAAAUAGAUCAAAUUAAAGAAAUCCAACUACUGUAGCUGGAAGUUGUGAACCAAGUUUGUAAGACCUUUUCUUUCUUUCUUUUUUUUUUUUCAUAUAUUUAUUUCCAGUUAGCUCUGUGAGUUGGAAUUUGAAAAGUCAGAACAUUAGGAAUCUACAGUGUCUUAUUCAGGAAUUUUUCCCCUCCUUUCCUCACAAAGGAAUUCCCACUGUGACUUAUAAAUAGAAUUAGACUGCUUGUGUGCAUGUAUGUAUUAUAUAUACACACAAAAAAUAUGCAUUGGGGGGGAUGUAUGUGCGAUACGAAUGUGUAUAUUGUAUGUAGGUCAUAGUUUUGUAAAGAGAAAAGUAGUCAAGAGGUGAUGGAAUGUAUUGUAGAAAUGUGAUUAUUUAGUAGGGGGUUGUUAUGUCUUCACUGUUGUAUAAAUAACUGAAACUCUCUACUACAUAAUCUUCUGUUAUAAGGCUAACUCUGAUAUCAUGUCAAUUUUACUGUUUUUUAAAUGCGUUGCAUUGAGCCCUAUUUAAAAUGCCAUGAAAAUACCAAGCUCCCAAAGACAGCCUUGAAAUAAAACUAAUGGGGGAGGAGGAAAGAUGGGAGAAGUGAGUGAUGUUUUUCAGGAGAAAUUGAAAUGGGAAGGUUUGCAUUUGAUGGAUGGGGAGGCAUGGGAAUUGCUGUAUCUUUGCAAAUUAAUACCUGAAUCUCCUGUGGUCUGACUUGGAAAAUGUUGUCAAUCAGUGUACUUGUGUUUUCAAAUUAGGUUGUAAGGGGCACUGUUUGUGUUCUGUAACAGGAUCUUGUCUUCAAAGUAGAUUAUUUUCUUUCACAAGUGUUUUUGUGUAUAUUAAUUUUGUCCCGAAAAUUGCUGUUGUGGCAUUGCAGAACAAAAUACAUUUUCAAUCCAGGGAGUUUCACUUGCGCUGUGAAAUUCUGAAUUUAAUUAUGGCCAUUUAACUUUUCCCUCCCCUCCUUCCCCCCUAUAAUUGGAGAUGGAAGAUUUCGUUAUGGAGAGUUCUCGCUUGCAAUUGUGAGAAGUCAGAAACAUUCUUACAGAUUGGCUUAUUCUUCAUACUGUUCUGUUUAGGCUGGAGAAAGCAACCUAAUUGUUAUUUAUUCAUACAGUAUCACUUUUAAUGAUGAUGAUCCUGGUGACUUUAGAAAUCUGUUUAGAAAAACAGAGCUUCCAGUAUUGCACAGACACUUGAAUUUUUUGAAGGCAUUUUUUAAGCAGUUGCAAAUCAAAUCAUAAUUUUCAAUUUUUUUUUUUUUUUUUUUUUUUUUUUUUUUUAAUAUCCCCCUCCCUAACAACACCCCCCUAGGCAUCCCUCCCCUUUUCCUCUUCCCCACAAUUCAUUUCUGGCACAUACACAUACAAGUGAAAGGGCAGGGAGGUGGAAGUUGUCAGAGGCCUUUCCUUCUGCUUAUUUGAUGGUAAUAGGAGUUAUGAGCAUAAAUCUUUUAUGCCUUUAUGGUGAAGAAUAUACCAAUUUUUGUGUAUACCUGUACAGAGAGAUGUAUCUGUAUAUGAGAUGUUGGUAGCACUUUGCGGAAUGUGGACUUGCCCUCAUGAUGUACAAUAAAUACAUGUGAAUGCAAUCAAUCUAAACCUAUAUAUACAUGAAUAUAGAUGUAUAGGUGGGGUAUACAUUGUAUCACACACAUGUACAUUAGUUGUAACAUGAGCGAGUGUGUGAGCUAAAAGAGAGAGACUAUCCACGUAGCAUACGUGUAACAGGUAAGCACUUGUGCCAAACAAGGUUGUUUUAAUUCUUCUGAGGGAUUUGGAUGACAUCAGUGACUGAUAUGAGCUUGGUCACCAUUGAUCUGUGUUACCUCAGCCCUCACGGUGGAGUUGCCUUGGUACGUUUCUGCUUUCAUUUAUUCUAUAUUAAUACUAACUGAGGCCUCUUGCAAUGCCGACCUCUUCUGCUUCUCUGCUCCAUUGCGUCCAUUCCAGCUCCUCCUUGUCCCUGCAUCUCUACUGUUUCUUUUGCUGUCAGCAAUCAGGUUUAAUGGCCCAAUCCAGCUCUGCUUAUGCAUUAGGGAAAUUCUCUUGGUGACUGUAGUGGAAGCUGAAUUGGGCCCUAAGCACUUGCUUGAACUUACGCAGAAUUUCCCAGCUAUUCAGUUGUGCUUGAGUAUGACAGUGAUUUGUAAAUGAACACAGACUUUUCUUAGAACCUGAUGCAAAGCUUCCUAGCAUACUAAAAGGUUAACCUGGCAUUGUAUUUUAGAGGUAAAUGCUCAAAAGUAGAAAAAUGAACACACCAAAAACUGUCUUCAAUUUUCAGCCCCAGGGAGAAAAAGGGAGCUUGGUUUGUGUUUUCUGUAGUGCAGGCAGUAAACACAAGGCAGCCCUGUGCUCUGUUCUGAGCAGUGAGGUUGUCAUCAAAAAUAUCAAGAGAAAUACAGCUUGUUAUAUUUUACCAUCAAACAUUUUAAAACGAGCUGCAGAGUUGACCAUUAACGUGCUAGCACUUUGCAUCCAGUUGUGUAUUGAAUGAUCUCGCUUAUAUAAGUGCAUUGUGGUUUUAAGUGUUUUAUUUUCUGUUUUCUGGCUAAGUGGAGCUUCUGUAUCCUUUUAGCAGAAAGCAGCUGUCAGAACCUGCUCAGUCACAUUUAAGCACUGUUGAAACUCCUGGCUAACUUAGGCUUCAGUUUCAAUGCAGAAUGCUGCUCCAGUUCUGUCAUCGAGUCGUACUGCAUUCCACGUUUUCCGUAUGGAUAUGGCACAGUUUUUUCUUGGCCACAAUUCAGCCAUGGAGCUUUGUCUUCCUUGCAUUUCUAUUAGAAAAAGGUAACUGGUGUGCUGUUCCAUCUGAGCUUUCAUGCAAUCAUACACGACGAUUUCUAUGAUACAUAUGUUGGGGCGUGUGUAUGGGUAUGUCUGUACUGUGUGUGUAUUAAUACAUAUUUAUACACACACGUAUAUUACGCUAUUUCGGUUUAUGUAUGUGGAGAACGUACCUGUUCUCUCCUGAUAUAUACUCAUGCAUACGUAUAUUAAAUAUGUAUAUAGAGUGUAGAUGUCCUGCAUAUACAUGUGUAUAUGUUAUGAACUUUGGUUGGCAAUUUUUUCCCCCCACUCUUUGCAAAUUGCGCUCCCUUACAACAUACUUUCACUGAAGCUGUAUUAUAUAGAAGGAAUGGAGAAAUGUGUUAUCAAAGUUUUAUUUUAAAAAGGAGACUCUUAUUAAUUAUCUAAAGCCAUCUAAUUGUCUUCUGAAUUUUUACUAGAAGGGCUGUUAUUUAAACAAAAAAAAAAGAAGAAAAAAGGAAAACAAAA